AUGACAGCCAACGAACUUAAUGGGUUUCCACCUGGCUACUUCUUAAUAAGAGCACUACACUCCGAUUACUAUGGCAAACGAAUGGUGCUUGAUGUGGCUCAUUCAGAACGGCUCCCUGGGGUUGAAUUGGUGCUAUGGGUUGAUGAAGCUCAGUCAACGUGGCAGAUAAAGCACCAGCGUGAAGAUAGCCAGAUAUUUUUCAUGAGUGAAGACGGACUGCUCCGCUCCAAGGCAUCGGGUCAUCCUAUCGGCUGGCAGAUCGACCAGGCAACAAACACGGCUAAGCUAGUGGUUCAAACGCCUCGCCCAUUCAACCAUCGACCCCAGCCACAUUGUCGGUUCACAUACGAUAUCCAGUCGCGGCAUAUUACGACGCGACUGCCCUACGAAGUGUUUAGUGCAUUGCAGCCUUUCGAGCCCAAGCGCCGAGGUACUAAUGUAUCUCAGUCAAGCAUUGCCAGCUCUGUCACAUCGGCGGAUGAGGCAGCCCCUCCCAGUUCGCCGGAUGCGGGUCGGAAUUAUGUACUGGAAGUAAUACCUCGGGGGCAUCGCCAAUCGAAAAUAGUUCGAAUAUUCGAUUCAGUUCUCGAAUCGCCAGCCGAGGAAUCUGAUCAACCUGUCUCGAGCACAGAACAAACAUCUCAGUUGGGAGACAUACGCAAUGACUCUUGGUACAAGGGCCGAGAGGUGAAGUUGUCUCGGGAACGUUCAGGAAAGCGCAACCACGUCAAUAAAUUGCAGCAAUGGGAAAUAAUACCUCUGUCUAUCAUGCGAUCCAACCUCUGA